CCUCUGACAGCCGCUCAUGGAUCUGCUCCCUUCUUUCACAAACACGGAAGCAGCAUGGCGUCCAACAUCAACGGCGGCAGCUCCGACAGGCAACGGAUUGCACAGCAAAGACUGAGGAUAAUUGCCGGGCAUUUACAGAGACCGGUGGACGAUGAAUCGGCCAUCGUAGCCGCGGAGUGCAAAGACCAGGGGAGCAAGCCAGAUGCCUCCAGUGAGGGGAAGACGGUGCCGAGGAGGAGGCAGGAGAUUAUGAAAUGGAACGGGUGGGGAUACAGCGAUUCAAGAUUCCUCUUCAAUAAGAAAGGUCAAGCAGAAUUCACUGGCAAAAGGUAUAGACUAAGUGGCAUGAUCAUCCCUGGUCUGAAAGAUUGGUUUGAAAGCACGUUUGGAGCCAGUCUGCAUCAUAAAACACCAGCAACACCCCUUCCGAAUACCAGUGCAAUACAGCCUCCCACUCUUAACGAGGCCUUUGUUGAGGAUCUGAAAUCCACAGGUAUUCCCUUCUCUCACGAUGCAGAGGACCGGGUAUUUCGCGCCCACGGCCAUUGCUUACACGAGAUCUUUGCCCUCCGAGAAGGGAAAUUUGGUCGUGUUCCAGAUGUGGUUGUAUGGCCAAACUGCCACAAUGAUGUAGUGAAAAUUGUGGAACUGGCAUGUAAACAUAAUGUUUGUUUGAUACCAUAUGGAGGAGGGACCAGUGUCUCUAGUGCUCUUGAGUGCCCCCCAGAGGAAACUCGCUCUAUUGUCUCUCUGGAUACCUCACAGAUGAACCGCAUUCUGUGGAUUGACGAGAAAAAUUUAACUGUCCAUGUGGAAGCUGGCAUCGUUGGUCAGGAUCUCGAGAGAUUGCUAAAUGAGAGUGGUUACUGUACAGGGCAUGAGCCUGAUUCCAUGGAGUUCAGCUCCCUGGGUGGCUGGGUAGCAACCAGAGCAUCAGGCAUGAAGAAGAACAUCUAUGGCAACAUUGAGGACCUGGUCGUGCACGUAAAGAUGGUGACCCCUCGAGGUGUCAUUGAAAAGAGUUGUCAGGGCCCACGUAUGUCCACGGGGCCAGACAUUCACCACUUCAUCAUGGGCUCAGAAGGAACCCUGGGUGUGGUUACUGAGGUGACGAUGAAGAUUCGUCCCAUGCCAGAGUAUCAGAAAUAUGGCUCUGUUGUUUUCCCUAAUUUUGAGCAGGGAGUGGCCUGUCUUCGAGAGGUAGCCAGACAGAGGUGUGCUCCCGCAUCUAUACGACUCAUGGAUAAUGAACAAUUUAAAUUUGGUCAUGCCCUGAAGCCUCAAGUGUCUUCAAUUUUCACAUCCUUUUUGGACGGGCUGAAGAAAUUUUACAUCACCAAGUUCAAAGGGUUCGACCCCAACUGCUUGUGUGUGGCCACCCUGCUGUUUGAGGGAGAUCGUGAGAAGGUCCUGCAGCAUGAGAAGCAAGUUUAUGACAUAGCUGCAAAAUUUGGGGGCCUGGCAGCUGGAGAGGACAAUGGGCAAAGGGGCUAUAUGUUGACCUUCGUCAUCGCUUACCUCCGGGACCUGGGGAUGGAUUACUAUGUGAUCGGGGAGUCCUUUGAAACCUCUGUGCCUUGGGACAGGGUGCUGGACAUUUGCCGGAAUGUAAAGGAACGCAUUGUUCGAGAGUGUAAAGAGAGAGGAGUGCAGUUUCCACCAUUAUCCACAUGCAGGGUCACUCAGACGUACGACGCUGGUGCCUGUGUCUACUUUUACUUUGCCUUCAACUACAGGGGACUCAGUGAUCCAGUACAUGUGUAUGAACAAGUGGAGCAUGCAGCUAGAGAAGAAAUCCUUGCCAAUGGAGGGAGCUUGUCACAUCACCAUGGAGUGGGGAAACUUCGGAAGGAGUGGAUGAGAGAGACCGUCUCCAAUGUCGGCAUGGGGAUGCUCAAGUCUGUCAAGGACUAUGUCGACCCCAAUAACAUCUUCGGCAACAGGAACCUCCUCUAAUUUUCUGUUCCUGUCCAUCUUUAUCUCACGUUUUUCUAAAAGCAUCUUGUGCAUUUUGGAUUAAUAGAUACUAAAUGUGAAUUUAAAAUGGACAGAGAUAUUGUCUUUCUCAUCAAGUGUCAUUCGGUGCCAUUUACUGAUUCACCCAAUCCUUUUCUUUUACAUUAUGUUGCACUUAAUAUGCUGUAACAAUCAUUGUCAUUCAUGUUGAAGCUCAUUUUUCGCUGCUGUGUCGUGGCCUCAGCUUGUUGGAGCGAUGGCCACGAUGCAUCCUGACAUGAAGCAACAAAACCUUUGGGUUUUGUCAUUAUUUGCUUUUGUUGAACCUUUUCCUAAAUGUCCUUGCCAACAUAGUUAACCCUUAAAUUUGUUUUUAUUUUCCUCUCGUGUGUGUGUGUGUGUGUGUGUGUGUGUGUGUGUGUGUGUGUGUGUGUGUGUGUGCGUGUGUGUGUGUGCGCGUUUGUGUGCGUGUGUGUUUGUGUGCGCUUGUGGCACUUCUUUAGUGGUAAGUUCUAGAUGAAUUCGCUUUCUAAAGCUCUGUGCCUUUCUAAAGCUUUUGUCUGCCUUCCCCUUCUCCUACUGCACACUCUGCUGUUGUACAGUGAGUCCCUUCGUGAAGCAAAACAGACUUGGACAUGAUAUUUUAAGUGUCUCCUGUUUGUCUUUGUCAUGCCCUCAUGCCUUUUGUUGUACUGACCUAUUGCCAUAAGAGACUUUGUUGACUGUAUGUGUGUGUGAGCCUCUGCUGACAAAUUUGUUCGACUAAACACCCCACACCUUCAGCCCCACUAAAAUUUAAAGACCCUUAGAAGUACAGUAUGGUUUCAAACAGAGAUAUUCCUUAUGUGUUUAAUUUUUGUACAGAAAUCGUUUUCCUUGCAUGAUUUGUUACUGAGAAAGUGACGUGGGAAAAAAAGCCAUUGCGUUUUUCGAUCAUGCCUGCUUCAGUCUGACCACGUUUGCAAUUUAAGGCCUCUGGAUCCCGGUGCUGACGUUGUACCAAAGACAACACAUCAGACCAUGCAGACAUACUGUAAACACCUGUUUGACUGUAUGUAACCGCCACAUUCACACACAUUCACAUCAUGCACAGCUAAACUAGAUGUUUUUUAAAAAUCCGCAUAUGCAAAGAUAACCCCUUCUGUGAGCUGUAAAAUAUAGAUAUCUGUGACUGUUACAUGUGCUAAAAAUUUCUAUUAAACUAAAUUACAUCAUCUUUCUUAUGUUAAAGAAACUGCAUUUGAAUUAUUUCUGCUCCAUAUAAUUGGUGUUGCCCAGAAAUUCCUCACCUGCUGAGUUAGUUGACCUUGUUAAUUUAUCUGUAUUGUGUAAAAGCUUUUUGGAACGGAUACUGUGUAGUACUGCAAUUUGAUACCAGACUCGAACCACUUAAGUCCUCAUUUUGAAGCCAAGUUUAGCUUUAAUGGAGCUGUUUGCUGAGGAAUCUUGCUUUUUUUUUUCUCCCUCUGAUCUGUUCUUCACAUUUUUCCAGGACCACAAUGUCCUUUUAAUUCUUAAUAUUCCCCCACAUAAAAAGACUCAUUUGGGAUCCACUAUCUGACAUUUAACCCCCGUGGCAAAAAUGUGCAAGAACUUUUGAAUAUU